UUUGUUUGCUUAUUCAACCAAGAGACUGUCAAUCAUUUACAAUUAGAUUACUAUUGUCAUCAUUAGCAUCACUAUCAUCAUAAUUUGGAAAUUAAAUUUUAAACUUGUUCUUGGCCUUUAUUCACGCCUAAAACAAAUCAAAUGAUAAAUAAGCAAACAAACUUGUCUUCUUUCUAUCUUUAAUUUAGAACUAUCUUUUACAUGAUCAGAGUAGUUAGUUGUAUCGUUAAUUAGUGAUCAAGAGAAGCAAGAUUGACUUAUUUAGAUAAUUAUUGGCCAUUUUUGUACCAUUUUCUCUUUUUAUUCUUAAGGUUGGAUUUACUUUUCAAUUGAUCACCUGAAGAUGCUUCAAUUUUGAUUGUUUUUUAAAUAAUCUGGACUUGCAAUGAUAUUACUUACAUAUGAAUAGUGAUAAACAUCGGAUUUUGUUUUUUGGUUUUAAAUCUGAAUUUUACUUUUAGCAUUUCUGUGAUUAUUGAAAAUCAAAACAAAUAUAACACAAAAAUCUCGACCAGUUUAACUUAUUUUUUACAUGAUUGCACUUACAGUUGUUGGUUGGGAAAGAUUGGACUAUGAUUUUGAAACAAACAAUAACUGCCAUUAGUUUAAUUAACUCUUUGAGCUUGAAUAAAUUGGUAAACUUACAAAAUUUACAAUUUUAAUUAUCGACAACUCUGACAGAAAGAUAAUUGAACCAAAAAAGCCCGUAAUCUUCAGGGAUAUAAACAUAGAUACAAAUACAAAUUUGGUUAUAGUAAACAAACAAUUUACCGGCACUUAUCAAAUUAUAAUGAAUACAUCAACACAUAAAAUAUUGUAUAAAUCAUCUUCAUCUUUACACCCAUCAUAAUCAUGAACCUAUCGUUUUUGCAAUUGAUUAAACCAAAUCCAGAUUGAUGAAGAAACACAGGAAGAAGACGAUUUCAAAUUGACUCAAGCACAUCAAACUGAAAUUGUGAAUACUUAUGUUAAAAAUUGAUAAUUAUUAUUAAAAAUACAUCAUAUAAUGUAUAUCAGUAUCAUAACGAUUAACUAAUUGUUGAAACACUUUGUAACCUAAAAUCUUUGAUCACAACUAAACCUAAUUCACACUCAUUCAAGACUUUGCCUUUUCUUUCCUCCAAGAAAGCUAGACUAACAAUUAAACACAUUAACAAUCAUUGUCAAUUCAACUCAAUUUGAUUAUCACCCAAACGUGCUUUAAAGGACUGGUCAGAGUUAACCCAUUUAAAUUCAAGACUAUCCUAAGAACCCGAAAUUGGGUGAACAUUCUGUUUCGGAUUUCAGUUUUCAGUUGAUAAUCAUUAUUUACAAUGAAAGGCUGGUUCAGUUUAUUUUACAAAUUAACCACGGUUCAAUCAGAUGGGUUAGGAAGGAGAAGUAAGUCAACUUAUUAUCAAUUGAAUAGGCCAGAUAAAUUGAUUAUUUUCGCUUUCCUAUUGAUACUUGUCAAUUAAUUUCCUGUUUCAAAUGAUUAUCAUCUUUCUCAUUUCACUCAUCAUCUUUACAUCUGUAUUUCUGCUUCAACAUGGUCUUCUAGUUACUUAUCAUCCUCUUGAAAAAGGUACAUCCACUAACAUUGUAAGAUAAAGAUAUUUUGUUGAAACAGCUUAUGCAUUACUUUCACCACUGGCUUGAUUGAUUGUCUUCUGCUGUCAGUUUGGUCAUUGAUUUGAUUAACUUGUGUCUUUCAGUUUAAAUAAUUUGACUUUGAUCAUCGUCGGUUGAGGCAAAAAGAGAUCGAGACAAAAAUACUUUUAAUCAAAAUUUAAUUUGGCUUGUCCAAGUAAACAGGAAAAUUUAAUGUGUUUAUUAUGUUGUUUGCUGUGCAACAACCUUGGUUCCUUUUUUUGAUAACUUUCACUUUCUGUCAACCUCACCCAUCAUCAUCAUCUAAUCACUCAACUUACUAUCAUAAUCAACAUCAACACCAAGUUGAUCAUCGAGUUCAUGUUCACCAUGCAAGCCUCUCAUUAUCAUCAUCUUCUGCUUUCCCUUCACCGCCCAAUAUUAUUGUCAUGCUUAUGGAUGACAUGGGUUUUGGUGAUUUAGGAAUCAAUGGUGAUCCAAAUUAUGAUACUCCUAAUCUAGAUGCUUUAGCAUCACAAGGAAUGUUAUUGACCAACUUUUAUUCCUCAUCGCCAUUGUGUUCCCCUUCACGAGCCUCACUUCUCACAGGUCGUUUACCCAUCCGAAACGGCUUUUACACUGACAAUGUUGAUGGACGUAACUCUUAUACACCUCAGGAAAUUGUUGGUGGUAUCAGUGAUUAUGAGCUCACUCUUCCUGAGCUAUUGUCAUUUGGAUCACAUUAUCAUUCAGCUCUUAUUGGUAAAUGGCAUCUUGGUCAUAGACCACAAUAUCUGCCUUUAAAACACGGUUUUGAUAUGUUCUGGGGCUCAACCAAUUGUCACUUCGGUCCCUAUGAUAAUAAAGCUCGUCCCAAUAUUCCCAUCUUUGAAAACAAUAACAUGGUUGGACGUCUUUUUGAAGACUUUGCCAUCAAUAAAGCAACUUUUACAUCCAAUUUGACUCAAAUUUAUACUCGAAAGGCAUUAGAAUAUAUUCAAUCGAAUAUUGAUUCCAAUAAUAGACCAUUUUUCCUCCUCUGGUCACCCGAUGCUACACACGCUCCUUCCUAUCGUUCCGAGAAGUUUAUCAAUUCAUCUCGUCGAGGAUCACCUUAUGGUGAUGCCUUGGUUGAACUGGAUUCCGCAGUUGGUCAGAUAGUUCAAUUAAUUCAAUCUAAUCCAAGAACAGCUAAUAACACGUUGAUCUUUUUCACCUCUGAUAAUGGAGCCGCUUUGGUUUCCAAAAAUGAUGCUGGCUCUUCUGGACCUUUCCUUUGCGGCAAACAGACUACUUUUGAAGGUGGCUUUCGGGUUCCAGGUAUUGCUUGGUGGCCUGGAAAGAUUAAGUCUGGCAGCAAGUUUCACAAGGCAGCUUCAUUUGUUGAUUUAUUUCCAACAUUACUUGAUUUAGCCGAAGUUCCGCUACCAACGGAUAGAGACUUUGAUGGCUCUAGCUUAGCACCGUUCUGGCUUUCCCAAACUGAUUCACAGCUUAAUUCUGCUCCGGAUAGGCCAAUUUACUUUUAUCGAGGCAAUAGGCUCAUGGCAAUACGAUAUGGUUUGUAUAAAGCGCAUUUCUGGACUUGGACCAACUCAUGGGCCCAAUUUAAAACUGGAAUUGACUUUUGUCCUGGUUCGUUUGUCCAAGGUAUCACAACUCAUACACCUUCAAAUUAUACAUCAUCUCCACGGUUAUUCCAUUUGGGUCGUGAUCCAAGUGAACACUAUGUUAUACCAGUUAAUUCAGCAGAGUAUAAGACGAUUAUUCCAACCUUUUUCCAACUUUACCAAAAUCAUUCAGAUACAUUAAUUCCAGGUGAACCAGUCCUCAAUUGGUGUGACAAUUCAGUUAUGCACUGGUCACCUCAAGGCUGCGAAGAGUAUAACAAAUGUCUUCCAGUUCCACCUUCAAAUCCUUAUAAAUGUGAAUGGCCACAUUAACGAGAAAAAUUCACGAGAGUAAAAUGCACGGAAAGCUCAGUAUUGAAAAUUGUAAAUAAAAAACAAAAUCAAACACGUUUUAUAAUGAAAAACAAAUGAUUUGGUUAAAAACUUAGAUUGCUCAAUGGAAGAUUUGGCUAUGUGAGUAAGAGUUGACACUGACAGCAAGUCUCAAGUCUUUUCUUUCAAUCAACAGAUGUGAAUAUUAAAAUAUCCUUGUUUAAAAAUUU